GUCGAACGACUCUGGAAAACCUGCAUUGAGCGUAAUGCUUUUGAGACGUGUAUGCGUACAUGUAGUUUGUUAUCACUGCUGCUGAAUCGUUUUCGUUGAGUGUUAAGACUCAGUUAUUAUAGUUUUUAUUUUAUUAUUAUUGAAGAAAGAUGGAACCUGAGUUAAAUGAAAAUUUGCAGUCUCUGUGUUUAAAGUCCAUAGCUUGUAAUUUUGAUAGAUUUAAUGCUGCAUUUUACUCUGAAGAGCGAAAAAGUUUUCUAAUGUAUUUAGAAAUCUUACAGAAACUUUACUGUGAUCAAAUUUUGGAAAAGCUGGCAGAUGAGAGAUCUGUGAAAAAUGAGCACUUGAAUUUUUUCAUUAACAAGUACACAAAGCAACUAGAUCUACAGAAUCUUAGAUUUUGUGAUUUCAAGGCCAUAAGUGAAAGACUCGAAGAUGUUGGAAAGGUCAUCAUUAAAUUUUCCAUGGCUGGAAUAAAGCAUUUCUAUAGCAGAGAUUAUUUUUUUAGUCAUCUAACCAAAGUUCAAAUUCUUGAACUUGCAGAUACUAACUGUACUGAUAGGUCAUUGAGAAUAAUUUCUGAAAAUUGUCCAGAUUUGAAAAGCUUGGAUAUUUACUCAUGUGAAAACGUGACUGAUGAAGGAUUGAUGUAUUUGUGUGAAAAGAAACUUUGUCUUGAAAGCCUGAAUGUCGAAUGUACAUCUGCAAGUUAUAAAGGUGUCGCUUGUGUCUUGAAAAGCAUCCCAUCUAUUAGUAAACUGCAUUUCAGUAAUGUGCCAAGAGCAUUAUUUGAAGCUACUGGUUUAAAUGAUCCUUUAGCAGAGAAAAAAGAAAAAGUCUUCAAUUUAAGCAAUAUUGUUAUAAUUAAUAAUUCUUUACGACCAAAAAACCAUUUAACUGAAAUUCUAAAAGUUUGUACAAGGUUGUGUCCUAUGGUAAAUGAUUUAGUAGUAACUGAAAUCCUGUCAAAUGAGCAGUUAUUUUUGUGCAAUUCUUUUGAAAAUGUGCAAACUGUUUAUUUGAGUUGUAGUGAAAUAGUUCCAAGUUUAUGCAGCAAUGAGUUUUUGCAAAUACGUGGGGAAAAUCUACGCCAGUUAAAUUUAUCUAACUUUCUUGUUAGUGCGGAAGUAAUUGCCAAGUGUUGUCCUAAUUUAGAGGCAUUAACUUUACAGAAACCCAUUUUUCAAGGUGUUAAGCAAUUAAAUUCAGAUGAAAUGCAUGUAAAUUUUCCCUGUCUAAAAGUAUUAAAGUUUCAAACUGCUACUUUUGAUUCAAAAGAAAGUUUAAAUUUGUUUGAGUAUGUUAUAGCAUCAAGUCCAAAUCUUGAAGAAAUUAUCAUGCAUUUUUGUGUUUUUCCAGAACAAAUCGAUGAAGUUAUUUUGAAAUAUCCUAAGAAAUUAAGGAGCUUGAAUUUUAGAAAUACUGAUGUAAGUGUCAGUUUCAUUCAAGAAGCCAUACGAAUGCACAAAUGUUUAGUUAAUGUUACAAUUGAAAAUUCAGGUAUAUCAACAGAAGAAUAUGAUCUAAUCAUGGAUAUGGUGGAUGAAAUGGAACGAAGAAUUCAUGUUCAUUGGGCUGAUUAUUCUGAAGCUAUUAGAUUAUUAUAUGAUUUUGAUAAUGAAGCUAAUUUUAAUAUAUCACAUCCAAGAUAUAUAUUGAAAUUAUAGAUAAUUAAUUUCUUCUAUCUAUUUUGGAAUUUCUGGAAAAUUAUUUUGUCAUGUUAAUAAAUUGCAGUUCUUGAUGUA